AUGGAAUCACAAUCAAACGCAGAAAGUCAAAAAGCUAGAGAGAACAUAUUGAAAGCAGCACUUAAAGGUCCAAAAACUAGAGCUGGAACUAAGCAACUAGCGACAUCAACUGUUGUAGAAGAAGAUGACAGUGAAGGAUCCGAAGGGGACAGAUCAGACAAUCCAACAAACAAAACAGAAGGUCAACAUAACAAGACAGUCAUAACUUUAGAAGAUUUCAACAUGGAUGAUGGAGAUGACUCAGAAACAGGAAGUAAGAAGAAAGGGAUGAGUCCAAUCUUUAACGAGAAAUCCUCAUCCGAAUCGUGA